CGCCGCUUUUCCUUCCGCCCACCGUUGCCUUCGCCCCUGCAAUGGCUUCAGGGCUGGGAAGGCUGCUGCUGCGGGGGCCUCGCUGCCUCCUGGCCCCGGCCGCCCCCGCUCUCGCCCCGCCGGUUCGGGGAGUGAAGACCUUCCGUGCCGCCGUCCGCUUCCAAAAGGAGCUGGAGCGGCGGCGCCUGCUCCGGAACCCGCCGCCGCCCGUGCGCCGUUCGGAGAAGCCCAACUGGGACUACCAUGCUGAAAUACAGGCAUUUGGACAUCGGUUACAGGAAACCUUUUCCUUAGAUCUUCUCAAAACUUCAUUUGUUAAUAGCUGCUAUAUUAAAAGUGAGGAGGCCAAACGCCAGAAACUUGGAGUAGAGAAAGAAGCUGUUCUUCUGAAUAUUAAAGAUAAUCAAGAACUAUUUGAACAGGGGUCAUCUUUUUCAAAAGCUUGCCUCACACAAUUUCUUGAGAACGCAUUCCCAGACUUGGCCACUGAAGGUGUUCAAAGUCUUGUUGACUUUCUCACUGGUGAGGAAGUCGUGUGUCACGUGGCUAGGAACUUGGCUGUGGAGCAGCUAACGCUGAGUGCAGAAUUUCCAGUGCCCCCGACUGUAUUACGGCAGACUUUCUUUGCCGUAAUUGGAGCCCUGCUACAGAGCAGCGGACCUGAGAGGACUGCACUUUUCAUCAGGGACUUCUUAAUUACUCAACUGACUGGGAAAGAACUCUUUGAGAUUUGGAAGGUCAUCAAUCCCAUGGGGCUACUGGUGGAAGAAUUGAAGAAAAGGAAUAUUUCAGCUCCUGAACCGAGACUUACCAGGCAGUCUGGAAGCACCACAGCUGUGCCUCUGUUUUUUGUUGGCUUAUACUGUGAUAAAAAGUUGCUUGCAGAAGGACCUGGGGAGACAGUCCUGGUUGCAGAAGAAGAAGCUGCUAGAGUGGCACUGAGGAAACUCUACGGAUUCACUGAGAACAGACGGCCUUGGGACUAUUCCAAACCCAAAAAGAAUUUCAGAGCAGAAAAGACCAUCACUGCCGGCUAGCCAGCCAAAGAUGUGGGAACCUGAAAGUUGUAAGCAAAACAUUGAGACAAGAGUCAGAUGUCCAAACCUUUACAUUUUUCAAAUUGUAAGGAAAUAUGUUUUAUUCCUUAUACCGAGUUCCUAAAAGUAAACAAGUAUUCAUCAGGGCACAGGUUUUGUUUUUUUUUUAAAAAUAAUUUUUGUUUCAUCAUCAUUUUUGAUGUUUUCCCAAUAAAUUUUUUCUAGGUCCUUGGUUUUAUUAUUGUAUAUUACUUGUACAAUUAGGUGUAUUUUAUUCCCUUCUAGCUUUGAGGUAUAAUUUGAAUGUAUUUUUUUCUUUGUUUUAUGUGAACUUCACUGUAAUACCAAUAAAAAAGGUACUCUUUCUCUAA